UAAAUCACAGACGGUAUCACUUCCGGUUCAGACAAAGGUCGUACCAAAAUGGCGGCGUCCGGGAAAAAACAUGUCCGUAACACGGCAUGUGUCAUUCCUGGUGGUUUUACUGUUCUCUCCCUCCAGUUCAGCCCCGACAGUCCAGCUCAACACAGCGUGUUCGUGAAGGAGCAUAAAGUCCGAGCUGAGAGGAGUUCUGGCAGACCGUUGGACCGGACCUUGUUUGUGCUGAACGUCCCUCCGUACUGUUCCAGGGAGGUCGUCAGGGAACUGUUCUCCAUCUUUGGCAACGUUAGCUCAGUAGAACUGAGAGACCAUCCUGGUUCCUCUGAGGGUUCUGAACCCAAACUGUCCAGGUUCUUCAGACCAGCUGAGAAACAGGGGUUUAAAGUCGGUUACAUUGUGUUUGAGAAGUCUGCGAGUGUAGCAGCAGCGAAGUCCCAUCCUCGCCACGUUCCUCUGGUGGUCAGCACAGAUCAGCGUCCAGUGAAAACAGGAGUUCAGAAAUGGAUCCAGCAGUACUCCCAGUCCUUCAUCCCCCCUGACAAACUCCAGCAAAGCGUGGACGCCUUCAUGCAGGACUACGACAAACGUAAAGAAGAGGAGGAGGAGCGGCAGAGAAACGAGGCUGAGAAACAAAAAGAUGACGAGGAGGGCUGGGUGAAGGUCACCAGGGGUCACAAGGGCACCAAGGCCCGUCCGCACAGCGAGGCAGCCAACCACAGGGCUCUGCAGAGGGAGAUGAGGAAGAAGAGGAGGAAGGAGCUGAUGAACUUCUACACCUGGCAGCACAGGAACACGCAGAAAGAACACAUCGCUGAGCUGAGGAAGAAGUUUGAAGAGGACAAACAGAGAAUAGCUCUGAUGAGAGCUCAGAGGAAGUUCAGACCUUACUGAGUCACACGUGCUCAUUUCCUUCUUCUGUUUCAUUUAAAAGCUCCACUCUUUGUAAAUAAACUUGCGUUAAUCGAUGUGUCUUGAUUAUCUGGCUAUAAGCAAUAAGCAAAAAACAGGAAGUGAAAUCUUCAAAAUAAAAUGUGAUUUAGAACCAA